AUGUCCAGCUUUCGCACGCUCAUCCCCGCCCUCAUGGUUCAAGCACUGCAGCUGACAACAGCUUCCGGGUCCAUGGCCGUCCUCCCAAGCUCGGGCCUCGUCCGCUCGGAGCCCGAAUACCCGCUCCAGGUCGACGUCGUCUUCGUCCACGACGUGAACUACUUCCGCGCCGACCCGGACGGGCACUACGGCCGGCUCAUGGUGUCCAGCGUCCUCAAGGAAAUGGUCACGGGCCCGGGGAUCCGAUUCGAUGAUAUGCGGGCCAUCGACUUGUCCGGGUCCAGAGACGCAGACUUCAAGGGGCUAAAUGAGGCCAAAAGCGACGGAGUUUGGUAG